AUGACACGUCGUCUGCAUGAGUUCAAGAUGGAGAAUGGUUCGACCAUGUCGAAGCACUUGGAUGCUUUUGACGAGCUUGUUGUCGGCCUCCAGACACUUGGAGAGCCAGUCGAUGACUCUCGGCAGCUAGUGGUGCUGCUUAGUAGUCUUCCGACGGACUAUGAGAUCAUCUCGUCAAUUGUGGAGAAUUCCAAGGCCAUUACGCUCAUCGAGGUCAAGGAAAAGCUGCUCAAGGAGGAUGAACGAUUGCAGAGGAAGGAGACUACGGAGAAGGCGUUUCCUGUAAGCAGCAACGGUAGACGGUUCAAGGGAGGCCAAGGUAACGGCCGCAAGGGAAACUAUCUACGGAAAACCAACACCGGAAUUAAAGGCAAGUGCUUUAAGUGUGGUCAAGUCGGACACUAUAAGCGGGACUGCCUGAAGCGUAGCAAUGGCGAGGAAGAAGGUGCUGUGUUUGCUGCUGGUGAGUUGCAAUGUGAAGAAUGGCUUAUCGACAGCGGGGCUACGUCGCACAUGACACCACAUCGGAGCGAUCUAUUUGAGUACAAGGAGUUGAAGACUGGUCAACAAGUCUCUAUCGCUGAUGGCAAGAAGCUGCAGGUAGCUGGAGUGGGAACAGUCAAGCUGAAAGGUCUAGACGGUCGACGGAUCAUGAUGGUCGAUGUCAUGCACAACCCAGGACUUGACAAACGAUUGCUGUCCGUUGGCAAACUGGCAGGACGAGGCAUGAGGGUGGAGUUUCAAAGCUCGUCCUGCAUCAUUUGGAGUGCCAAGCGCGCGAUUGCAAGCGGCAAGAAGAUUGGCAAGGCGUACUUCCUGGAUUGCGAACAAGAAGAAGCCCGACUUGUAGAAUACGCAGGGGCUGAAAGUGAGUGGGAGCUUUGGCACGCUCGCUUGGGACACCCCGGAAGAUCUGGUAUGGACAAGACACAGCGCGCUACGAGUGGUAUGCCGGCGGUAAAGCAGGGCAUCGAGAAGCUGUGCAGUGGAUGCAUGAAGGGCAAGCUGACGAUCGAUACAUUCCCGUCUCAAUCGCUAACAAGGACGUCACGUGUGUUGGAACUAGUACACACGGACGUGAUGGGACCGAUGAAGACGGUCUCAAAGGGUGGUGCACGAUUCGUAUUGACAUUCGUAGACGACUACUCAAGAUUUGUGGCAGCGUACUUCAUGAAUCACAAGAGCGAGGUGGCCGCAAGGCUUAGCGAGUUCAAGGCUUUCUAUGAGAAUCAAUGGGGCAAGCACUUGAAGUGUAUACGGUCGGAUAACGGGACGGAGUUUGUCAACAAGAAGAUUGCCCAUAUAUGCGCCCGUAAUGGUAUCAUGCACCAGCGGACAGUACCAUAUAGUCCGCAACAGAACGGCGUUGCGGAACGCAUGAAUCGCACUAUCAUGGAGAAGGCAAGGAGCAUGCUGUACUACAAUGGUAUCGACAUGCAGUGGUGGGCAGAGGCGGUCAGUACGGCUGUGUACUUGAUCAACAGAUCCACAAACUCUGCAAAUUCGGACGUAACACCGUUCGAGGUUGGUUUCAAGAUGAAGCCGAGUAUUGAGCAUUUGCGUGUGUUUGGAUCGCAAGGGUAUGCUCACAUUGACGACGCCAAGAGGACGAAGCUCGAACCAAAGCGUUACCGGUGUAUGUUUCUCGGAUAUGCGGAGAACACCAAGGGAUACAGGGUGUUCAAUCUGGAAAGGUCGAAGGUUGUCAUAUCGCGCUCCGUAAAGCUGGACGAGCGGGAAGUUGAAGGCAUAUACGACACGGUGGUACCAGAUAAAGUACCAGUCGUCAAGUAUAUUAGGGACACUGAUGAAGCAGUGAUUCCGGUGGUUCGUCCGUAUGAUGGAGACGAGACGAUGGAAGAUGUCGAAGAAAGCGCUCCUGAUGUCGAGAUGGACGAGAUAGAAUCGGCUCCAUUCGAAACAGGUAUCAUCAUACCUCAAGUACUCGAUCCAGAAACUCAAGAACCAAGAGGCGAUGAGAUAACGGGAUAUCAAGCUCCGAGACAAGCUUUUCAGGAGGACAGGUUGGUAUUUCAGCCGGAGAUAAAUCGGACAAGACGCUCACGAGACAGAAUGCUGCUGCUUGAGAAUGGGAAUAGCAGUGAAGACACGUCAGAAGGUAGCGAUGGACCACCUUCUCCAAAGCGUGCAAGAAUUGAUAACGAAGGUCUCAUUGCAGAGGCUGUAUUAGCCUAUGCUGCAAGCGUUGGCGAGGCGGACGACGCUCCAUCAACAUACAGCCAAGCGUUAAAAGGCGAAGACAACAGCAAGUGGAUUCAAGCGAUGCAAGCGGAGCUCAAGGCGCACGCCGAUAACGGGUCCUGGACACUGGUACCAAAACGGCAAGACAUUCGACCAAUCGGGUGCAGAUGGAUAUUCGCUAAGAAGCGAAACGAACACGGACAAGUGGUGCGCUACAAAGCUCGACUCGUCGCAAAGGGGUUCAAGCAGAAAUUCGGUGUCGACUUCUUCGAGACGUACUCUCCCGUGGCAAACAUGAACUCGAUCAGGGACACGGCGUUCUUGAACAGUGAUCUCAAGGAAGAUGUGUACAUGGAAGUGCCAAAUGGCAUAGCUAAUGCGGAGAAGAUGAUGUGCAAGUUGGACAAGGCAAUCUACGGUCUCAAGCAGGCUGCAAGUGCGUGGAACAAGACAAUCCAUGCUGUAUUCUUACAGAUCGGAUUUCGUAGCAGCGGAGCAGAUCAGUGUAUCUACGUCAAGCAUCAAGAUGACAACUAUGUCUAUGUUUGUCUCUACGUCGACGACAUGAUCAUCGCCGCCAAGACCAGCAGCGAGAUUCAAGAGGUCAAGACAGCACUCAAGAGCUCAUUUCGUAUGAAAGAGCUAGGCAAGGCUAAAUUUAUUCUUGGCGUGGAGAUUGAUCAUGACCACAACUGCAGUAAGCUGAUGAUUCGACAGACUCGAUACAUCGAUGAUGUGGCCAGCCGUUUUAAUCAAGAGGACGCAAAGGCAGUGGUCAACCCAUGCGAGUCCGGCCUGAAGCUGUCAAAGAAGCAAUCCCCAACGACGGAUGUCGAUAGAGCAGAAAUGCAGUCAAAGCCGUACAGGUCGCUGAUCGGAUGUUUGCUAUACAUCACGACAUGUACGCGCCCAGAUGUGAUGUAUGUCAUCACGCAGCUAUCAAGGUUUUUGGACAAUCCAGGACAGCAACAUUGGAAGGCAGCCAUUCGUGUUCUUCGGUAUCUCAAGACGACAAGAGACUACGGGAUAAUCUACGACGGCAGCGCUAGCGAAGUAACAGCUACAGCGUAUACGGACGCGGACUGGGGUAGCAACAUCGCUGAUCGACGCUCCGUGUCAGGGAUAAUGGUGAUCAUCGGUGGCGCACCAGCCAUAUACAAGUCCAAGUAUCAACGCACGGUGGCUCUAAGCUCUGCUGAGGCAGAGUACAUGGCUUUAAGCCUGUGUACACAGGAAGUGUUAUGGGUUCGUGCGCUGCUUAAGGAUCUAGGUCACGAGCAAGUGGGAGCAACGUGGGUCUGGGAAGACAAUCAAGGAGCAAUUGGGCUUGCCAGCAAUGCCGGCUACAAUGCCAGAACCAAGCACGUUGACAUUCGUCACCACUUCAUCCGGGAGAAUGUGGCCCACGAUAUCAUCGUGGUCAAGUAUAUCUCCACCAUGGACCAAUUGGCCGACAUGCUAACGAAGGCUCUGGGGACCAAGCGACUGAACUAUUUGAUACAAGCAAGCUGCAUUGGACCCAAGGGCAUUUAG